GUGCGAAGAAAAGGUGGAUAAAGAGGAUGUGUAGCUAGGGGUACCGGAGGGCAAUGGCCACCAUUCUACCUUCAUCCAACCCUCACUUUCUCUCCUUUAACGCUCCCACUUCUCUCAAAGGAAGAGAGAAUUUAUCUUCAUGUAGGCUGAGAUUGACCAAUUCUAACAGGUGGGGACAGAUUAAAGAGCAAGAUGUAAGCAUGGUUGUCAAUAGAACCCGAGGUCAAGCGAUUGGAGUCCUGGUAGCUUCAGGAAAGGAUGACACGGUCAUGGUUGAUCCCGUUGAAGCCAAGCGAUUGGCUGCCAAACAAAUGGAAAGAAUCAAAGCAAAAGAGAAACUCAAGAGAAGACGCCAAAUUGAGGCAAUUAAUGGAGCUUGGGCAAUGAUCGGUCUCACGGCUGGCCUAGUUAUUGAAGGUCAAACUGGAAAAAGUAUUCUGACUCAGCUGCAAGACUACUUAGGUGCAAUUGUUAGUUUUUUUGUGCGGUAGACUUCUUCCAAGAUGUCCGUGGAUACAAAUGGAGAACUCCAGAAUUCUUUCUCACAUUCUUUGUAAUUAUAUCUUUUGACUUCAUAUCAUUAAACUUAAAGAGUAUGCCAACAAUGUUUUUUCUUCACACUUUCACAAUUCAAUUUUCGUUUUUACCUGGUAAGGAUAUGUUACAUACAAUUGUUUUUCCCAUGUCUUCUAGUACUUACUUUAUACAGAAGAAUUAAACUGCUAA